AUGUCUGCGUCCAUGAAAAUGCGGUUAUCACAUAUCCUGAGACUGGUUCUGUUUGGCCUGAUUACCCACAGCUGUUACGUACAAGCGAAGUCAAAGCAUGUUGCCAUCUCUCUGGAUGCAAAAUGGUCCUCAACACCUCUCCUCUUGGAAGCAAGUGAAUUUUUGGCACAAGAAUCCAGUGAUUAUUUUUGGACUUUUGUCCAAGAUAUUUCCAAUCUAAAUCCAAAUGGUCUACAUGGAGAAACAGACCAGUCCAUUUACAACACAAUUUUGAAGUAUGCUUCGAGAGUUCUCUCCCCUGUGCAAAUGAAUUUGCUUAAAUUCUCGCUUUCUCUCAGGAUGUACUCGCCAACUGUACAGAUGUUUCAACAGAUUGCAGAAGACGACGAUGUCCCGGAGAAGUGUGGUUCAUUCAUCAGUGUUCAUGGAGAAAUCACCUGUGAUCCACACAAGCUCUCCAGUUUGGUGCAGACUGCUAAAGACAGACCAAAGCCGGCAGUAUACAAGUUUGAUCACUUUUUUCCUGGAGCUGUAUCUGACGAUGUGAUAGUGAUUUUGUACGCUGAGCUAGGAACCGCCAGUUUUACACAGUUUCAUGCAACGCUGGCCAAGAUGACCGGCAACAAGGAAAUUACGUACAUAUUGAGACAUUUUAUACAGAAUCCGAGUCCGAAGAAGGCACGAUUGUCUGGAUAUGGGAUUGAACUGGCUAUAAAGAGUACAGAGUACAAGGCCAAGGAUGACACCAAAGUUGAAGGUGAAGGCACCGAGGGGUUUCACUCUGACAGUACUGAAGAAGAUAUUCAGGGCUUCGUGUUUGCUAAAUUAAGAGAAAUUCAUCCAGAUAAGAAGAAUGACCUGAAGGAUUUCCGUAACCAUCUGAUCGACUCAACCACUGAACUUCCCACCCUCAAAGUCUGGCAGUUACAAGAUCUGAGUAUCCAGGCUGGUCAGCGAGUUAUAUCAGCCCCACCUGACGAUGCGCUCCGGGUGCUCCGAGAUAUCAGUCAGAACUUCCCCACUCAAGCCAGGUCUUUAGUAAGAGUAAAAGUUGAUAAUGACUUCAAGAUGGAAAUGGAAAGAAAUCAGCAGAUGUUUGAGAACAACCACGGAGUGAUGCCCGGAGAGUCUGCCCUGUUUGUGAACGGGCUGCAGAUUAACAUGGACGUCUAUGAUAUCUUCGCUCUGAUUGAAGCCAUGAAGUCCGAGGCCAAGAUUCUCGAAGGCUUGCACUCCCUAGGCUUCAAGGGAGAUGACGUACCAAAGCUGUUGAGCAUUGACCUGAAGGGCAGUGACGACACUAAAUACGCACUGGACAUCAGACACACAGCCGUGCAGUUUGUGAAUGAUCUGGAAAAUGACAAGAAGUAUAUGGGCUGGCCAAACAGUCUACAGGACUUUCUACGACCCACAUUCCCAGGCAUGCUGCGACACAUUCGCAAGAACAUUUUCCACCUUAUAUUUAUAGUGAAUCCCGCAGAAAAACAGAGCCGAGAGUUGAUUCGGAUGGCAGAAGCAUUUUUAGUUCACAAAGCUCCCAUCAGACUUGGUUUGGUUCUUGCUGUGAACUCGAAUGAGUCGGAGGAUGAGAAGUCGGAAGCAGGAGAGGCGUUUGCUAAAGCCUUCAAUUUCAUCAAAGUGGAUGAGAGUGCUGCCAAAGCUCUGUCGUUUAUCACAGAUGUGUAUGAGAAAUACGAUGAUGAUGUUUUGACUGCGGAGAGUGUGAAAGCAGAGUUUAAAAACCAGUAUCCUGGGGAAGAUUUGAACAUUGUGUUUGGUAAAGAGAGUGACUAUGACGAUGUCAUGAAGGCAGGAUCCGACUACAUCAGUCAGAGUGGCCUAGACAAUCUGCCCCAGGUUCUGAUGAACGGAAUUCCUCUCAAGAAGAAGUUCCUCAGUCAAGACCUCUUUGAAGAGGGAGUUGUCAGUGAAAUUCUCGCAGCAACUACUGACAUCCAGCAGGCUGUGUACAAGGGUCAUCUUCAUGAUGGAUUGACUGUUUUGGAUUGGUUAAUGGAGAGGGACAAUGUGCUGCCUCGUCUGAGUUCUAGAGUGCUCUCCCCUUCUAAAAUCACACUGGACAUCACAGAGAACAUUGAUGAUGAGAUACUUCAUGAUCCAGAUACUUUCUCCCAUCUUCCAGCUAGAGAUAAGACAUCAGUCAUUGCAGGCAACUUAAAGUACUUGGCACGCAAAGAGGAGGAGACUCUUCACCCUGUCACUAUGUGGGUUGUGGCUGAUCUGGACUCUGUUGAAGGGAGACAACACAUGUACAAUGCAAUUAAACAGUUGAAGCACAGUGGUGACAUGCGACUGAGUGUUGUGUUUAACCCGGUUUCCAGUGACGGCGAAAACAAGAUCAACAAAGCUGUGAAUGCUGCUUUGAAUGUUCUCGUUGGAAACAACGCCCGGAACUUCAUCACGAAACUCGUCAAAGAAGAGACUGUCGAAGAGCUGAAGUCAGGAGAGAAGACGAUGGAGGAUUUAGCUGUCCAUGGCAUGGAUAUUAAGGCUUACCUGUCGGCCCUGGAGAAACAAUCGGACAAGUUUUUACAAUCUCACCAAGUAUUUGCCCAGCAGGUGCUAGGCUUUCAGCCGGGAGACCGAGGCGUUGUCACAAACGGAAAGGUUCUUGGGCCCUUAAGAGACGGUGAGAAUUUUACAACAGACGAUUUUGCUCUGCUGGAGAAAUUCAUCUACUCUCAGUUCGCUAAGAAGAUAUCUGACCAGAUCAAGACCCUGGGACAUAAAGGAACCAAGGGGAGUGAACUCUCAUUGAAGGUGGGCGCUCUGCUAACUGCUAAAAGCCAGUCAGAGAGCAGAAAGAAGGUUAUAUUUGGGUCAGAUAAACACAGCGUGGUGAAGAUUCCUGCAGAUGAGACUGCCCCUGCUUUCUUUAUUGAGGCGAUUGUUGACCCGGUUUCCAGAGACGCACAGAAACUUGCUUCACUCCUGGAAGUUCUAAGGGAGGUAACUAAUGUGGAAAUCAAGCUUUACCUGAACUCGAAGGACAAGCUGUCAGAAAUGCCCCUCAAGAGUUUUUACCGCUGCGUGCUGGAGCCUGAAGUGAAUUUCAAUGACGAUGGCAGCUACACGUCUGGUCCGUACGCCCGAUUCAACGACCUGCCCCAGAAGACUCUCCUGACAGUGAUCAUGGAGCCCCCCGAGAGCUGGUUGGUCCAGGCCGUGAGGUCGCCGUACGACCUCGACAAUAUAUUACUGGAAGAGGUUGAUGUUGCUGUAACUGCAGAGUUUGAAUUGGAAUAUAUUCUUCUUGAAGGUCACUGCUAUGACGCUAACUCCAUGCAGCCUCCACGUGGUCUGCAGUUCACUCUCGGCACCAACAGGAGUGACACGCUCAUGGAUACCAUCGUCAUGGCCAAUUUGGGUUACUUUCAACUAAAAGCUAAUCCCGGGGUGUGGCUUCUGAAGCUAAGAGAGGGACGUUCUCUGGAAAUUUAUGAUAUUGAGAGUCAUGAGUUUACCGACACGCCCCCAGGCUCGAACGAUCUUGUGGUUGCUAUUGGAGGUUUCAAGAGCAAAAUCAUCCGUGUCAAGGUUGCGAAGAAGUCUGACAAGCAGGGUGAACAGCUGCUACAAGACGGUGACGACAGCCCCGGCCUGUGGGACUCUCUAUCAAGUUCUAUCACUGGAUCUGUGACUGAUGGAGACCAGGAUAAUACACUGAACAUUUUCUCUUUAGCAUCAGGACAUCUGUAUGAACGACUACUGAGAAUAAUGAUGUUGAGUGUUUUAAAACAAACGAAGUCUAAAGUGAAAUUCUGGUUUCUGAAAAAUUAUUUAUCACCAACAUUUAAGGAUUUUAUACCAUAUAUGGCCAAGGAACAUGGUUUUGAAUAUGAGCUUGUCCAGUAUAAGUGGCCUCGUUGGUUGAACCAGCAAAAAGAGAAGCAGAGAGUUAUAUGGGGGUACAAGAUCCUCUUCCUAGAUGUUUUGUUUCCCCUUGAUGUUAAGAAAAUUAUUUUUGUUGAUGCCGAUCAAAUAGUUAGAGCUGAUCUGCAAGAGUUACAUGACCUUGAUCUGGGUGGGGCUCCGUAUGGGUAUACACCAUUCUGUAGCAGUAGAAAGGAAAUGGAUGGCUUUAGAUUUUGGAAAUCUGGUUACUGGGCGAGUCAUUUAGCAGGACGGAAAUAUCACAUCAGUGCCUUGUAUGUGGUUGAUUUAAAACGUUUCCGGCGAGUUGCCGCGGGCGACCGACUCCGGGGCCAGUAUCAGGGUUUGAGCCAGGAUCCUAACAGCUUGUCGAAUCUGGACCAGGAUUUGCCAAACAACAUGAUCCACCAGGUGGCAAUCAAGUCUCUGCCGCAGGAAUGGUUGUGGUGUGAGACGUGGUGCAGCGACGAGGAGAAAACUGUCGCCAAAACAAUAGAUCUGUGUAAUAACCCACUGACUAAAGAGCCCAAGCUGAAGGCAGCUAUGAGAAUUGUUCCCGAGUGGAAGGAGUAUGAUUAUAAAAUAAAGGUUUUAUGGGACAAGAUAUAUGGAACAAACACUCGAUUACAAACAGAGUACGAUCCGUCUACGUUUGAAGAUAGUAGUAGUGAAAAAGAUAAAUCUGAGAAGGAGGAAUUAUAACAUCACGUCAUCUCUAGGUUAUUGGUGUUUAAUUUAUGUCAUUUACGAUGCCAUUCCAUGUUUGACACAUUUUUUUUAAUACAUCAAAAUUACUUCAUUCGACCAUACAAGUCUUACUACAAAGUAUUUAAUUGUAUUACAUAUUCAGACAGGCAGUAUGUUAUGUAAUAUAGAUUAAAGUAAAGGUAAUAAUUAUUUUAAUACAAAAUGUAAUUGUUGGAUCAACCUCUGCUAAAGGAAGUUGAACCAGGGCCCAUAUUUUUUAAGCUAUCAUAGUACUACGAUAUCGUAAAAUUGUUGUAGUGAAUGUCGUAGUGACGGUUUUAUGAUAUCGUAAUGCCAAGAUAGCUUCGAAAAUCUCUAGCCUGGACUAGAGAUAUCAAUAUUCUGCUGGUUUGCAGAUUUCCGACUUUGGUCCUCAGAAAUUUAUAAUGAUCCAGAGUCUUUUAACCUUGGUUUAAAACAGGGUUCAUGGCAGUCUUUAAAUUCAUUGAAAGGCUUUGAAUUUGAAAACAAUAUAUAUAUUUUUUUUGGGUCUUUGAAAGUCUUUAAAUUGUAAUAAAAGUCUUUAAAAGUCACAAAUUAUAGGCGAAGCAAUUGAUGACAACUUUUACAGCUGCAUGCACUUGAUAUUUUCCAGUUACAAGGUUUAACCUGUCAUGAUGCAUAUAAAACAAAAACAAUUUUUUGCCAUGGAUAGCAACGUAAACAAACUGAUUUGGUAUUAUUAUCUCAUUGUACCGUCUUUGACAGCUGUGUGUGUACCGGCCUCGGUGGCGUCGUGGCAGGCCAUCGGUCUACAGGCUGGUAGGUACUGGGUUCGGAUCCCAGUCGAGGCAUGGAAUUUUUAAUCCAGAUACCGACUCCA